UGGACUCUAUUGAAUCUUCCUUUUGUUUGCCUUUUUUUUCACUGUGAUUUGUUGCGUAAUUUCAUGCUGCCAAAUGCUAGCUGCUAGCAUAGCUGUGAAAGUUGAUUCCAUGGAACGCAGUUUUGCUGUCUCACGUAAAAGAAACAAGGGCUGCCGCCAAGCAUGUCAAGUAAACGCACAGGCAAGCCUUCACGGGGCAACAAGAAGAGUGAACUUGAACGAAAGAGAGAUGAACGAUCAGCACGGCGGGCACUCGCCAAGGCGCGUAAGAAUCAUCCUCAGGACGGUGAUGACGGAGCAGAGUUUCUCAGUUUCUCCACUCAGCUGCAGGCACUGGGGCUGAAGCUGAAAGAAGUCCCCGGUGAUGGGAACUGCCUGUUCAGAGCUCUCGGAGACCAGUUAGAGGGUCACUCGCGAUCUCAUCUGGAGCUACGUGAGGAGACUGUCCAGUAUAUGAAGUCCCAUCGACAAGACUUUGAACCUUUUGUAGAGGACGAUAUUCCUUUCACUGAGCACAUAUCAAACCUGGCACAGGCUGGAACAUUUGCUGGCAAUGACGCUAUUGUGGCUUUUGCUCGAAGUCAGCAGGUGAAAGUAGUCAUCCAUCAGCUAAACACACCACUUUGGGAGGUAAAUGGUGCGGAGAAACAGAUAUGCAGAGAACUACACAUUGCUUAUCGGUACGGGGAUCAUUAUGACAGUGUGAGGCGCAUCGAUGACAACUCGGACAGCCGUGGUCAGCAACGCAUUCAGGUGUCCAACAAAUCUAGAAAGGAGGGCAGGAGACAUGAAAAGAAGAAGCAGCGUCAAGAGGACCGAAAUCGACUCAAAGUUCUCAACAACCGAGGGGAUCAAAACAAGAAUCUUCCAGAGGCUAUAACUUUAAUACCAGCUCUAAAUACCCUCAGUAUAUGAAACUUCUACAUGGACAAAAAAUACAGUUGGUGGAUAAUGUUUUCCACAGAUAUGUGCACAAAUUUGCGACGGAAUCCUGGUUAGUGACUUUUGGGUGCCUACAAACUGGUCUGUGGAGCUCAGGAAAGACGCAGUUGGUCAGACCUCAAGUUUUGUUUUCUUGCGUCUGCGUCGAGUUCAAUUCCUGAUUCCCCCCCCCUCCCAAGGAUUUUGUACACAUUCAGAGUUACGUUAGUGUGUUCGUCCGGUCUGGCCAAAGCAAUACUCUAAAUGCAGAUUAUAUAUUCAAUAUUAUGUUUAUUUUUUGUCAUAAUCAAUGUUCCUCGCAGCAGAACUGAGCAUUACCAAAUGUUUGCAAAAUUCUUUGAAUAAAUAUUUUGCUGACUGUUGGGCUGUAACUACAUGGUUGUCAAGUGUAAUGGAACGGAGGACAUUAAUCCCCUUAUUACUUUUACCCAUUAAUCCGGAAACGUAACCUAAUUAGUCUAUUCACUAUUAGCGAAACCAUGCCAGUUUCACAUCAAUGGAGAUUAGUCUUUGGACUGGAAGGUGACGUUAGAACCUUGUCGCCCUACCCAGCUAAUCUAAUUUAACAUCAGCACAAAACACUAUGCAAAUAUAGAAAUUUGGAGUCUGGCUAGGUUCACAUCUCGCCAAUUUGAAAGUGGAAUAUGAAAAUGCAUGACAUUCUGUGCCAAAAUAUAUCUACAGUAAGUCCAUAGCUUCCAGUUGGCUAUGGAUAAUAAAAGUCAUUAUCUUUAGGCACAUCGAAAAAAAAACCCCAAAGACUUUUAAUAUUUAUGAUGAUGGCAAUAAUAAUAAAAAAAAGUCAACUUUAGGAAAUAAACAUUAACUUUAUUAGAAGAAAGAAGCUGAUGAAUAGAGCUGCUAAUAAAAGGCAAUAUGACAAGAAACAAUGUUCCAGUCAUGAUUCAGAUCUUUUCAUAGCCAGACAUGGGGAAACAUCCCAUAUCGUUAACUACCCUCCUUCAUCUGUUCUCAAAGACUCGCCUUUUCAAAAAUAGGCUUUCCUCGAGUUUGACUUUCUCUUGUCAUUGUAAAAAAAAAUAUAUGGGAUGUGUAUGACGAAGGAAUUAGUUCGUAGGCCAUUGUGGAAGGAAGUCAAAAAUCCUGCCUAAUGUUCUCCUUGUUCUCAUCUCCCUGCUGCUGUCUGAGUUGACUCAUUUCAUUUUCUAGAUGCACAAUUGCCCGCUCAAUCUCGUAGUUCUUGCUGACCAGCGACACCCAGCUGUCGGGGGACAAAAAGCAAAUUUGUAAUACAAACCAAUAAAAUAACAGACACAGUUUAUCACUCUACGUACUUUGAUUCAAGCUCACGAAGUUUCGCUCCUCCUGCUAACUGGUCAUUUUUACGCUGCCAAUUUAGAUCUUGAAUUUGUUUCCUGUGUGUGACAGAAGUUAAACGAACCAGUUAACAUGUCUGCUUUUUUUCCAUUUCACUCACAAGAACCUUUUCAAGCGACUCACCUGAAUUUCUGAAGUUCCUUUUGUGCCAUCUCGAUCAUGAAGGCCAGUGUACUAGAAGCGUAAUCAGAGAAGUCCUGUAAGCCCAAAAGCUAUAUUUUGAUAGUAAAAAAAGCAACCUUCACUCACUCGUUAUAGACUUUCCAUGCAUUGGUUCCAUACUGCGACAUCAGCUCCAGGUUCUCAAUGCGAACCGCUUGGUGCUCUAGCUGGGCCAUGGAGUUGUUCACACAAUCCUGCCAAGCUGUAAUGUCAUUCUUUUGACCUGCAGAGGGUGCUGGCAGCUCAUACCUCGAGAGAAAUGACAAACAUGAUUUUAAUCAAAGAGCAAUGUAGUAUUUGUUUUCUUCCGAUGAUACCCUUGAUACCAGAAUAGGCUGGUACCCACCCAAAUUUUUACAAACGUGGACAAUUUACCUCUUCAUGCUCAGGAGGUCCAUAGGUUGUCGUGCGGCUAGGCGAUCAAAUUCAUUCUUCAUAAUUUCAGUCUGCAGGAUAGUGAGGCCAGGUUGUUGGUAUUUUUUUAAGGUUUUUAAAGCCACACAUAGGCUGACUUUAAUGAGCGUAUUGCAGACAUACGAUGUUUUACCUCAAAAGCAGCAAAGUCAGGAGUAGGCAGGUAGCUCAGGUAAUUCUUG